AGAAAGUUAGAAUUUAGAUUUCGAAAUUAUGAUCCUACUAUACAAGGACCUAGAAGACAUGAUCCAAGUAAUCAAACUGAUACAGUAGAAGAAAGAGUGAAAGAUGUAAUGGAACAAGUUAGAAUUGAAGAUGAGAUUCGCAGAUCUGGUGAAUUGGACUUGACUAAAAUUCAACCGAAGAAACCAAAUUGGGAUCUUAAAAGAGAUUUAUUAAAAAAGAUGUCAAAACUAGAACCUGUGACUCAAGCAGCAUUUGCAACCUUGAUCAGUACGUUCAUUUUAUCA